AGGAAAAUCGGUGAUUGGUUGCAUUAGUCAAUGAGGACUUCAGUGUUGCAGAGUUUAUUUUGCUGGUUUUGUACUGGGCUAUUCUGGGUAUUUGGUAUUUUUUCGCAUUUUGAUUCUUUUUCUUUUAGCUCUUAAUGUUGUGAUCUGGUGUAAAUUUGUAGUUCUUUUAGUUGGUCCUUUGUUUGGUUGCCGAGAAAAGGGAAAAAAUUUGGAUUUUGAAUUCUGGGUAUUUCGUAUGAUGGGUGCCGAGAAAACUUGAGGUUGAGUCAACUGGGUCUGGUGGAAGUAUUUGGCUCAGGUCCUAACUCAGAAAGGGGUGGAAAUAAUUAGAAUAAACUGUUUACAUCUUCUGAAACUAACCAGGAAGAGGCUACACAAAGAAAAUAAAUUGUGUGGAGAUUGAUCUAAUGAAUGGAAGUGUGAUAAUUUCUGAACAGAAAUCCUGAAACGUCUUGGAGAAACUAAACUGAUUCAAUUGAGAAUCCUGCCCCAGAAACUGAUUCAUAUCUACAGUCUUCAGUCAGUAUUUGCUUAGAGAUGGAUUUGGAAGUGGCACCCUGUGAUGCAAGCUCUAGUCUCUGUGCCCAAAAGAAGAGAAAGAGGUACAAGAAAAGGCACAAUUCCAUGGAAAAUAAUCAUACAGAUCAUGGUCAUCGGGAGGGUACUUCUUCAAUGGAGAAUAGACCCCUUGGUAGUGAUUCACCUCAAGAGCCUCCAGAUAAUAGCAGUGCAAAGCUGGAUCUGGAAGCCCAACUUGAUUCAGAUGUGAAAAGGUCGGAGAAAAACAAAGGCAGAAACAAGCAUGAGAAGAGACGUUAUUCUCUGGAAGAUAAGGCUUUAGGCUAUGGUGCUUCAGAAGAGGGUACAUCUUUAAAGAACCUAUCAACGGAACAAAAGUCUGCAGUUAACACACGCUUAAAUUUGGAAAAGACUGAACCUAGUGCAGAAGUGGGUUCAUCUCAUAAAAAGACUAAUAAGGGAAAAAGGUGGAAGAAGACGCAUAAUGACUUCAAAAUUAAUGGUACAGAUCAUGAUCUUUGUGAGGGUGGUCAUGUGCCUAGCACAGAUUUAACAAUUAUCAACCAUUCUGAAAAAGCGGAUGUGAGUUUUAUUUCAUAUCCUAGUUCAAUAAAGAACCAUGAUGACAAAGCUGAUGAUGAUGCUGCUUUGCUUGAAAUGAAAAAUGAUGUUAAUAUCAAUAAGAGGAAGACAAAAAUCAAAACCUAUGGCAGGAGAAAGACAAGGUUCUCCAAUUCCUCAGAAAGUAAUUUGGAAUCUAUGAAGGAAGAUGGUAUGAGCUCCUCAACGCAGGUUGUACAAAGUAAUUCAACUGGGGUGUAUUCUUUUAAACAUUCACUUAAUGACCCUGGAUCUGUCCUUUCAGGGAAUAAGUUGGCAAGGCUCCGGGUGGAAGAUGGUACCUCAGUACAUCCUCUGAAAGAUAUUGCAAUGGAGGCAGCCUUUGUUAACUGUUCAGAUAGUAAACCUACAUCUGAGAAAAGGAAGAAGAACAUGGUGAGCAAUUUAAAAGAUGCUACUGAUGAAACUAGUUUUGUAAAGAUGCCAGUUAUCCCUGCUGGGAACUCUGAACCUGUAAAUGGGGUUAAGCUAGAUAAGAUGAAGGUUGCAUUGCAGGAUGAGGCUGAGAACGUGGAGGAAGAAACUGAGGUGAAAGAAAUAAUUCCUUCUUCAUCACAUUUAGGUGCUAUAAAAGAUGAUGUCAAAAUAGUUAACAAAGAGGAGAAUCCUCCACAUACAUCACAAUCUCUUCCAGAAAGAGCUGUUAGUUGCCAUUCCAGAAAGAAGCUCCUUAUACUUGAUGUGAAUGGAUUACUUGCUGAUAUUGUUCCAUAUUUUGUUGAAGGAUAUAAACCGGACAUAGUAGUUUCACGGAAAUCAGUUUUUAAGAGACCCUUCUGUGAUGAUUUUCUGCAGUUUUGCUUCGAAAGAUUUGAUGUUGGUGUUUGGUCAUCAAGAACCAAGAAAAAUGUGGAUAUGGUGCUUGAAUUUCUUAUGGCAGAUGCCAGACACAAAUUGCUUUUUUGUUGGGAUCAAUCCCAGUGUACCAAUACGGGAUUUACUACUCAUGAGAAUCCGCAGAAGCCCCUGCUUUUAAAAGAACUUAGAAAACUAUGGGAAAAGCAUGAGCCAAAUCUUCGAUGGGAAAAGGGAGAGUAUAAUGAAUCAAAUACAUUGUUGUUAGAUGAUUCACCAUGCAAGGCAUUGCUGAAUCCUGCAUACACAGCAAUCUUUCCCUAUUCCUAUGAGUACAAGGAUGUUAAAGAUAAUAUGUUAGCAACCGGAGGCAAGCUUCGGGUUUACCUUGAAGGGUUAGCCAUGGCUGAUAAUGUUCAGAAGUAUGUCAAACAUAAUCCAUUUGGUCAACGGGCUAUCACAAAAUCGAGUGCAACCUGGACUUACUAUAGUAAGGUUGUUAGCAAAUACUCAUACACACAAGAGGAAGAUGGCAGGAAUUCUCAUGCUUGUCGGCAGUGAUGAGGUACUACUUGAGAAAGCUUCAAUGGAAAUGCUAGUAGGUGUUCUCACAACUGUUGAAAGAUCCCAGAAUGAUUCUGAUGGAGAUUCAUAUACAGUUGUUCUGAUAAUCAGAGUAGCUCUACUUCAAUCUGAGAGUCGUAUGUGUGCUGCAGCAGAUGCUACAGUUUUUGACUUUGAACUUGAGAUGAACAGACCCCUUUUUUGUACCAAUGGAUUAUUCAUUUUCUUGCUUCCAUAUGACAUGAUAAUUUUAAGAUGUGUGUUGCUCAUUCCUAAAUUAAGAAUUAUUUUUAGUCUGUUUCAUGGUAUGUGUACCAGAUAAUAGGACUGAGUCAUGAUUUACUAAGUCGACAGCUCUUCUUGUGAUAUGUAGAAUCUAUGGGUACGCCCAGAAAAAGAGAGGCAAAGAAAGGAAAAAGAAAGAAAAAAAAGAGAAAAAAGGGUUUCAGCCCAUAUCUGAUCUCCAAGCAGGUCUUCAAUUAUAUGAUAUCUCUCAGGAUUGUCUUUGUUU